UUACCAGGAAGAGACUGACUCAUUUCCACAUUUCUGUCAAUCUGACUCUAAUGUUUCGACAAAAUCAAUAAAGAAUCAGCAAUCAGUGGAGAAUGAAGAAAAAUGCUUCAAAGCAGGAUUUUUGAGACAUUUGUUUCUAAACAGACAGCAGAUCUUUGUGAUUCUUGUGGUUAUUUUUGAAACCGUCGUUCAGGAAGUGAAAGUAAAGUUUAGAUUGCUGGAGCUCAAGCAGUGAAAAUGGCUUCACUAUCUGUAGAAGAACUUUCUUGUCCCGUGUGCUAUGAAAUCUUCAAGGCUCCUGUUUUUCUAUCAUGUAGUCACAGUGUCUGUAAAGAGUGUCUUCAACAGUUCUGGAGAACCAAGAAAACUCAGGAGUGUCCUGUCUGCAGGAGAAGAUCCUCAAAAGAUAAACCUCCUCGUAAUCUUGCAUUAAAAAACUUGUGUGAGUCGUUCCUGAAGGAGAGAAAUGAAAGGCGUUCAUCAGGAUCUGAGGAGAUCUGCAGUUUACACAGUGAGAAACUCAAACUCUUCUGUCUGGAGGACAAACAGCCUGUGUGUGUAGUGUGUAUGAAUUCACAAAAACACGUCAAUCACACAGUCAGACCCAUCAGUGAAGUCGUUUCAUCAUAUAAGGAGGAGCUCAAUACAGCACUGAAGUCCUUACAAGAGAAACUUCAACACAAUGAAGAAAUGAAAGGAGAGUUUGAGAAAACAGUUCAACACAUCAAGUCUCAAGCUGAGCACACAGAGCGUCAGAUUAAACAGCAGUUUGAGAAGCUUCAUCAGUUUCUCAGAGAUGAAGAAGAAGCUACAAUCACUGCACUGAGGGAGGAAGAGGAGCAGAAGAAGCAGAUGAUGAAGGAGAAGCUGGAGGAGAUGAACAGACACAUCUCAGCUCUUUCACACACAAUCAAAGACAUGGAGGAGAUGAUGAAAGCCAAUGACGUCUGCUUUCUGAAGGAGUUUCCAGUCUCAAUGGAAAGAGUCCAGAGCUCACAGCCGGGUCCACAGAUGGCUUCUGGAGCUUUGAUUCAUGUGCCACAUUACUUGGGCAACCUGCCGUUCAGAGUCUGGAAGAAGAUGCAGGACAUCGUCCAAAACAGUGAGUCUGACUGCAGAAGAUCUGAGCUGGAAAUUAUGGAUGGGUGGAGAGUUAAAGCUCCUGUCAUUCUGGAUCCAAACACUGCGAAUCCACGUCUCGUCCUGUCUGAUGAUCUGACCAGUGUGAGAUUCAACGGGAACAAACGACCUCUUCCUGAUAAUCCAGAGAGAUUUGACCAUUAUGAGUGUGUUCUGGGUUCAGAGGGGUUUAACUCAGGAACACACUGCUGGGAUGUGGAGGUUAAAGAGAGUAAAUACUGGAUUCUUGGAGUAACUACAGCAUCAAACCAGAGGAAGGGACAGGAUUUAUUUGACACUGAUGUUUGGUGUGUGACAUAUGGAUGGACUGUAGGUUCUGGUUUUCUUGUUAAACGUAAACUUGAUCGUGUGAGAGUGAAUCUGGAUUAUGACAGAGGAACGGUGUCAUUCUGUGAUCCUGUAACUAACACACAUCUACACACAUUCACAACCACCUUCACUCACACACUCUUUCCAUUCUUCAGUUGUUAUGAUGGAUCUCUGAGGAUCUUAGUGGUUAAUAGUCAGUAAUCGUUACUCCUGUAGGUCUGGAUCUUCCUGCUUUCAUCAUGUUUAAUCCAGAUCACACGAGUAAGAGUGCUGUUGAUCUGAAUAUCAGAUCAGAAUACAAGUACAUUUAUUCAUCUUUUUAAAAUGAUGUGUCAUGAAUCUCCACCCAUAACAGUAUAGUAACUGCCUAGCAACCACCCAGAACACCCUAGCAACCAUGUAGCAACACCCUGGAAAGCACACAAGAACACCCUAUCAACUGUAUAGUGAUGUGUGUGUGUUUUUGUGUGUCUGAGAGACAGCAUGGACUCAAAACCUUCAUGCUAAAAUCGUUCAGACUUUAAAACCACUUCAAACUGCUUUCAGACUGUCAGGCUAGACUUUCUCAAGCCAACAUGAAAGUCUACUUACAUUAUAAUAUCAUAUUUUUCUAGUAUUGUACCACUGAAAGAGUUCAUUCAGCACUUUUUUUAGUUUUUGUUCUUGAUGAAUAAUUGUUUAUUUCUGUUCUAAGGUUGAAAUGAUCAUUUGUUGAUUGAAGUAAAUGGAUGUAAAAGGUUCUUGCUGAUCCACAAUAAAGUUCAAUGAAAUAUAAA